UUUUAUUUUUAACCAAAAAAUUUUCUGUCAUAAUUCAUCGCUAUCGAAACGUGUUUUAUCAUACCGUUUUUGGUAUGAGACUUUAACACUUUAUUUUAUUAUUGCAAAUUAUUGCAAAGAGAAAUCAAAUUCAUUUAAUUAAAGUAAUGGGUAUUGUUUAUGCUAAGGAACCUAGCAGCCCUGCAGAUUUUGAUCAGUCCAAGAAAAAUAUCUUUACGAGUGAACCUAAAUCAUCAGUUGAUGCAAUGGAUGAUCUUCAAGCAGUUUUUCAUAAUAAAUCCGGAUUACAAAGAGAAGAUGGAAAUAAACAAAUGAAACCUAUUGAUCUACAUGGGAUAAAAGCACGAGUUGACAAAAUACACGUAGAUGGCCUUAUGAGAACAAAAGACGAUAUAGUCAAGUCACAAGUGACGGACUUGUUUAAAGCUAAAGAUUUUCAAGAUGUUAUUAUACGCGCUUAUAAAGUGCAGGAAAAAUUGGAAACUUUAGGAUGCUUUAGACGUAUUGGAAUUUACAUUGAUACCAGCCAAGGUCCUGAAGCCACCCCUGAUGGUGUAGAAGUCACUUUUAAAGUGCGUGAAAUGAGACGCUUAGGUGGUGGCAUUAAUACGAUGGUUGGGGACAACGAAGGAUCUUUGAUGAUCAGUGCAAAAGCGCCAAAUUUAUUUGGGAGAGGAGAACGCAUUCAAGUGGAAUAUUCUUAUGGUACUAAAAGUUCUAUCAACUUUAACAUAUCUGCCUUUAAACCGUUUCCACGAAACUUAUACAAUGCAGCAUUAACCAGCACUAUAUUUAAUACCACACAUGAUUUUCCAUGGUCUGGUUUUAAAGAAAACGACAAGGGGAUGCUUUUCGACGUAGAAUUCAAUCCAACGAGUAUAUCUAAACAUAACAUACAAUAUGAAACUGCAUUUAGAAAUAUAACUUGCUCAAAACAAGCGGCGUUCCGUGUCCGGGAACAAUGCGGACCGAACUUGAAAUCUGCCUUAAGGUAUAUUUGGACGAUAGAUAAAAGAGAUUCUCCUAUAUUUCCUGUUACCGGAAGUUUUAUGCGAUUAACAACAGAGAUGGCUGGAUUUGGUGGUGAUAUAGGUUUCUUAAAGAACGAACUUGCUAUACAGAGUAAUUGGUCACCGAGUGAAUAUCUUACGUUUCAGCUAGGUUUUCAAUCUGGAUUACUCAACGCAAUUAGUAAUGAUAUGAAAAUAAAUAUUGCUGAUCACUUCUUUCUGGGUGGCCCGUUGAAUCUCCGAGGAUUUGAUUUGAGAGGUUGCGGCCCUCGUUAUGAUGGAAAUUCUAUAGGCGGUGAAAUAUAUUGGGCAGCUGCUCUUCACAUGUAUACACCGCUUCCAUUUAGACCUGGUCGUAACAGUUUUGGAGAUUUAUUUAGGUUACAUGGUUUUGUGAAUGGUGGUAAUCUGUCUAAUUUCUCUUUCACGUAUGGUAAUAUCUACAAUGCAAAUAUGAAGAUUUUCACAGAAAAUGUCCGCUGUGCCAUUGGUGGAGGUCUUGCAAUGAAAUUAGGACACAUUGCCCGCAUAGAAUUGAAUUUAAUUGCACCACUGAUGUUCACAAGGAGCGACGUACUCCAACAAUUUCAAUUUGGCAUUGGCGUGCAUUAUCUUUAAAUAUUUCUUACGUUCCAAUAGUUCCAAUAUAAUAGUAUCUUUUAUUAUUCUUUGUAUAACCAAUUUCAAUGUAAAUAAAAGCAAGA